UCAGCAGUGAGGCGGCUGAAAACAGACGGAGAGACAGAGACACGGGUGCGCGAGCUCAGGACUGUGUUACGGUUUUGUUUACUGGAUUUCGAUAGAAAAAACGUCUGUAGAAAGUAUUUUUAAUAAAAAAGUCUGAGUAUGAGCUCAGUGGUGGUGACCGAUGAGAAUCAGGGUGCUCUGCCCGUACGCAAGCACAUACCAUCCGAGUCGGCUGCCGAUAUCUUUGCUCUGGAUCAGCCCACCGGCAGGCCGUCCAUCCUCAGGCCGUCUCAGGUCGAGAACAUUAAUAAAAACAUCCCCAAAGGAGUGAAGGUUUGUUUCCAGACUCCACUCAGAGACCCGGUUACGAAAAGGAUCGUGUCACCGAGUCACGUGGGUCAAAUGGCCGCUCUCGAUGACUGCACAAACUCUUUGGAGUCUCUGACCCUUACGGCACCCGCUUCACCCAGCACUUCCACACUCCUGAUCGACCCUCGCACUAAAAUGGACCCUUCCUUUGCUGAUGAUAACAUGCCCAUUCAGAGUAGAGGAAACUACACCAUCGAUUUCGACAACCUGGACUCUGUGAAUCCCUUCCAGAGUUCCUGUAAAAUGACCCUGUCUCCACCCAAACCUGCUGCUCUGAUGUCUGACUCCCUCACCCUGACCGAGCCAGCACCUGCUCCAGAAGAGGUGGAAACCAUGACGGAGAAGGCCGACAUGGCUCUGGAUGAGACUCUCCCAUUUGUUCCAUCUGUAGAGAAUUCCCUGGCAGACUUUUCGGCCGAUGGCACCUCCACAGACAGCACGGUGAUCAUCGAGCCAAGGAAAACUGUGCUCGUGGAUCACAGCGCUGACUAUACGGUGAACCUAGAAGUUCCUGAGCCAGCUCCUGCAGUUGAUGCAGAUGUAAAAGAUUCACUUUUACUCCCUAAAGGAUCCUAUGAGGUUGAUUUUGAGAAUCUUGACUCAAUGAACCCUUUUAAAACCGGUGGCUCAAAAAUACCGAACUCCCCUCCCGCCUUCAGGAAAUCACCCAUCCGCGAUCCAGCACCGUCUAAAGCAGAGGAGGCAAGGUCAGGAGUGAAGGAUGUCAAGAUGCCUAGUGAGCAUGAAGAUAAACUUUCCACUGUGGAAAAGCCCAGCCUUACAGAGGUAAGCCCUGACACCGCUGCCCCCUCAACAUCUCCCCAGACAAAGGAGAAAGAGGCACCCAUGGUGCUGGAGUUCAACUUUGACGAUGGUGCUGAAGUCAAGCGCAAACCUCCUCCCAAACGCCUCAGCUUGAAAAGGCCUCCGCUCUCCAAAACUAAAUCGGACUCGACAAAACCAGAAUCUGCUCCAGUCCAGAAGAAAAGUCCAGAAAUCAAAUCCAAGUCACGCGACAUGCUGGUUAGCAGUGUGACGAUGGAGAUUCCUCCAGCCAGAGGCUCCUACACUAUUGACCUCGCUCAAUUAAAUGAUCCUGACUUCAAUCCAUUUGGUACGUCAGCAAAAAUGGCAAGUUCUCCCCCUCGUGAUGCUCCAAUCUCCACUGGUCCAGCACAGCCAGAGAUCCAGGACAGCACUGUGGAGGACCGCAUGCACAGUUGUCCUUCCUCUGAAGCUGAAAAGGCAGCAGAAGCUGAACCAUCGUUCUUCAAGGCAGCAGAAGAACCAGAACCUGUACACGUUAGUGAAGCCCUCCAGCCCUGCCUUCUGGGUAAUCCACAACCGCAGAAGAUGGAGGAGCCAGCUUUGUCCUGCACACUGACCCAGAGCUCGUCGUUUGAUGCCGCUGCAGAUGAUGAGUUUGUUCCCGGCUCCAUGUUCAUACCGAGUGACCUGGAUGGACAGAUUGAUUAUCUCGAGCAGUUUGGAUGCAGCAACUUUAAGGAAUCUGCCCUGCGUAAGCAAUCCCUCUAUCUGAAAUUUGACCCUCUGCUGAAGGAAAGCCCAAAGAAAGCCGCAGUGGACUGUUCCAGCUCUGGGUUCAGUCUACCUCGUGCCUCUUUGGCCAUCCGGAUGAUGGAGGCUGCAAAGUCAGAGGUCAGACAGAAAUCUCAGCAGGACAGCACAAAGCUGCUGGAGGACUUUCCUCCACCGGCAGCACUUCCUGUGGAUCAGGACCCAGCGGUGCUGGACCUGCUGGCGCUGACGCAGGCUCAGGGGAGUGAGGAGGUCAUCGUGGACGUGCUGAAGUACACGCAGAACGACAUGGAGGCUGCUCUGGAAAAGGCCCGAAAACGGGCAGAGGACAACGAGGCAGAUCUGAAAGCUCAGAUUGAAAAGCUGACUCUGGAUAAUCAGCACAUGCUGCUGAUCAUUCCCGAGUUUGAGGCCAUUCUUGCCAAGACCACAGCUGAGCACAAGCAGAAGGAGGAGCUGGCACAGGCUGAGCUGAGCAGAGUGCUUCAGGAGAAACAGCUGCUGGCUAAAGAGCUGAGUGACAUGGAGCGCUCCUUUUCUGACGUCGUCAAGCGCCUGGACCGACGCAAGGAAGUCAUCGAGGGCUUCAAGAAGAAUGAGGAGACGCUGAAACAGUGCGCUCAGAGCUACCUGGCCAAACUGCAGAAGGAGGAGCAGCGUUAUCAGAUGCUGAAAGCUCACGCCGAGGAGAAAAUUGACCAGGCGAAUAAACAUAUAGCAGAGGUGCGCAGCAAGCUGGGAACAGAGGUCUCUACUCUUCAGGUGCAGCUGAGGAGAGAGCAACUGAAAGUGCAGUCACUGGAGAAGAACCUGGAGCAGAAGACAAAGGAGCUGGAAGACGUCACCAAGCUGUGUGAUGAGCUGAUCGUCAAAGUGCAGCAGCACUGAGAAGCUUCUUUUAGUCAUGUUUCAACUCGAGUUUUUUUGUGUGCUUGUCUGUGCUUUAUUUUUGUUUGUGUACUGACUGAAUUAAAGACUCUUACUGUGUAACACUGACUUCUUUCAGUGAAAGGUUUAAAUAAACAAUAAAUAAUCUCCACUAAACAACCAACAA